AUGCAGAGAACAUUUGAGCAGCGUUACGAGUUUAAGCUUUGUGUGGAACUUGGUAAAUCGGCCUCAGAUACUUCAGAGAUGUGUAAGCAAGAGUUCGAAGAUAAUCGUCUGUCAAAGGCGCAUGCGUUUCGUUGGCACAAGUGUUUCAAAGAUGGCUGGAAAAGCGUCGAGGAUGAACCUCAAACAGGUUGUCCGUCAAACAGCAGAACGGACGCAAAUGUGGAACGAGUACGUGUUGUGCUAAAUUCGGACUGCCGCCGGUUGAGUGUGAGAAUGAUUGUAGAUGAAGUUGGACUUGAUAAAAUGACAGUUCAUAGCAUCAUCGCUGAAAACUUGAGAAAUGCUCCUCCAAGACCUCCUAGUCAAUAA